AGGUAACGGGGAGAGGGAGGGAACCAGGACGCGCCCACACCAUGCCACCACGGCCGCGAGGGGUCGAUGCGCACUACGCCAUCGCGGCGGUCGCCGUCACGGUGUUGAUAAACAGGAGGAAGGACCUCAAGCUCAUCCCGGGGCUGUUGCAUCCGAAUGGAGGCAAGACGAAGAAGAUGCUUAUCGGCACCGGGGGCAUCUUCGUGUUCGAGCAAGUCGUGAGGAAGGCGCUGGCCAAGGCGGGUAUCAAGCUUCCCUCUUCCCUCGUGUCCAUGGUGUUGGCCUUCAUCCUGCUCAAGGCGUACGAGUCGUCGAAUGGCAAGGAGGAGGCGGACAAGGCCGCAGACUACUUCGGCCCCGCGGUGGAGCACCUGGGGAAGUGGAUGCCCCUCUACCUGGCUCCCCCGCUUAUCGUCCUUCCGAACGCCCUCUCGGAGGUGAAGGGUGCGGCGAUGUGGGCACGACUGGGGGGCGUGCACGUGGUGGGUUGGGCGCUGUCGAUUCUGUCCACCGCAGCCGUCGCCAAGGCCACCCAGAACGCCAGCGACGCGUCGAAGCCGCCCGGCGCUGGAGGCGAGGUGAGCACGGGGGGCUUCGCAGAAGCCGUCCCCGCGGAGCCUGUGGGCGGGGUGCAGGACGCCGCCGCCGUGGGCGACAUGAGCGGGGAGGGUGCCGGUUGUGACACGAGUGCUGCGGCUACCGGGGAGGAGGGAGGGGCCAAGGUUAAGAGCAAGGAGGAGAAGGCCGCGGACAUGCGGAAGGCCUGGGCGGUGAUCACCGCGGCCACGUACGCGCUUCUGCCGUGGUGCGAGGAGGGGCCGGCGGCGGUGAGCACGACCGUCCUGUCCCUCUUGCACGCGAAUGCGCUGCCCCCCGGCGUGAAGAAGAUCUUGCACCCGCUGGUGGUCUGCAGCCUCAUCACCGGCGGCGCUUCGUACGGCCUGGGGGCUGCGAGAGAUCUGCCCCUCAAGGCCGCGCUCGAAGGCUAUUUCCCGAAGGCGGGCAUGGUCUCCGGCGGUGCAGGGGACUUGUUCUUCGGAGUCCUGAACGCCUCCUGCUGCGCCCUGGGUUUCCGCAUGUUCUACAACCGCGACAUCCUCAGCAAGAACCUGAGGCCGCUCCUGGCGAGCACCUUGUGGUCGUCGAUGACGUCACUCUUCGGCACGGCAGCGGCGGCUGGCGCGGUGGGCCUUACCCCGCGCCUCAGCAUGACCCUCACCCAGCGGUCCGUGAUGUCGUCCCUCGGCAUCCCGGCAGCAUCCCUCCUCGGAGGAAACCCCGCCCUCGCCGUUGCCUCCAUUCUCGUUACCGGCGUUUACGGUGCAUCCGUGGGCACGGCCGUUCUGGACGCGAUGGGGGUAGGCAGCGAUAACCUCGUGCCACGCGGGAUCGCUAUGGGCGCAUCGGCGCACUCGAUCGGGACGGCAGCGCUCAUGGAACGAGAACCCGAGGCUGCCGCCGUCGCCAGCGUCGCGCUGUGCUUGGCGGGUAUCUUCCACACUGCCGUUUGCGCCGCCCCUCCGGCCCAACGUCUCCUCCGUGUUUUGGCUCUCGACCGAUGAAGGCGUUGUUGCAGCGGCAGCAGUAUCAGCAUUCAGGCACCGAGAAGUAGAUACUUACGGCUACUUUUUGGCGUACCGUUUAGCCGACAGAGCAGGAGAGUAUCAUGUUGGUGGCAUGAGGAGCGCCGCUUUGAAUGGUUUGGAAUUAAGCCCCCCGCGGUUAAAAUGGACAACGUUUCGGGCGGCAUACAGCAGCCUUUCUGCAUGGGCUUUUAAGCCGAAAGCUCACUCCACGUUGCUAUUAUAAACCGGCGUGCUAUGGCACACGUGAGGCCAUAUGUCGGGGUGUAGGAGGUACUGUAGGCUUGUCGUCCUCGUGUUGCGGUGCACUUAUUUGUUUUUUUCGGAGGGUUCCAGUCUAUGUUGUUUAGCUCCCGAGCCGUGGCUACACGAAAUGGAGGGUACGCGGGGAUGCAACAGGGUGCCGCAGGUGACAUAUACCACACCCCCUGCACCAAUUUUCAUAGCUGGAUCACUCCACAGUAGGAAGAACGGUGGUGCCGAAAAUGCCGAAAAUGCCGGGAGGCGUUGGAACCCUCCCAUCGAGAUUGUUCCGAAAACGUGUGUCUAAAUAUUGCCAUCCUCUUCUUCGUGGGAAGUAGUCGAGCUUUGAAAAUGGGUCCAGGGGUGUAGUAUCUUGUGUCACCUGCUACGUGCUCUCGACCCCUUGUCGAAUUCCCAUCGGUUGAAUGGUGCGGUGCACUAGCAGGCUGCACGUGCUCUUGCUUCAGGUUUGCCUGCUUUGGCAUUAGAACUAGCUUCGAAACGUAUUUCGCACGCGAUUGGCUGUGGACGUUUUGUCAGUGCAGGAAAUAUUUCGCAGAAUGGACAGAAAAUGUGCGAUGGUGGGAAGGAAGACGCCAUCCACUGGACCCGCGUGUGCCGGUGUAAAAAGAUAACGGCCAUUUAAAUGGGAGACGAUGGUCCGGCCGU